ACAAAACCACUCGACCUCCGCUCUCCGCUGGAAACCAUUGGUAUAGUUAAUGGUUGGGGACUCUAACAGUUUUAUUUUMAAUCGAUUUUAGUUUGUAAACACCGUAGAUUAGCGGCUSAACUGUGUCUGGGUGUGUUUAGUGAUCUAAGAAGUGAUGUCAUGCGAAGAAAGUCUCUCGCGAUAGGGUAGGUUCUUGUUCGACACCAGUUACUGAACCCAAACAUGACCCGAUAGGCUGUCUAAAUUUCACUAGCACGUGAGUGUUCAAGGAAAACAACAAAUAACUACUGCAGAAAUCGUCKCUUUAACAAUGGGUUUAUUAUCGCUUGGAUCGCCUCUUUCUUGGCAAGAAACAAAGAAACACGCCGAUCAUGUUCGCCAGCACGGUAUUGUGCAAUUUCUUCACAUUUACAACCGGCUGAAGAAUCGCCAAAAUGAUGUUUUGAAAUGGGGAGACGAGGUUGAAUAUACACUGGUGAAGUUUGAUCAUGAAAAUAAAAGAGUCUACUUGAGCCUUAAAGCAAUUGAUUURUUGGAUGUUCUGCAGAUUGAAGAAAACACCAAUCCUGGACAAAAUCCUACAGCAUGGAGACCAGAGUAUGCUGGCUAUAUGAUUGAAGGAACUCCAGGAAAACCACUGGGAGGCUGUAUGCGGCAUUUUAACAUGAUAGAAGCCAAUAUGAAACUAAGGAGGAAGGAAGUGAAUCAACUGUUGGGAGCUGAUGAAACUGUUAUGUCUAUUGUCGGAUUCCCAAGGCUUGGGUGUCCAAACUUUACUUGGCCGAAUYAUGAAACUACACCUGGAAAGGGUGUAACCACUUCACUGUUUUACCCCGAUAUGGCAAUCUUCCAAGGACAUCCCAGAUUUACAUUAUCAAGAAAUAUCAGAGAACGAAGAGGUUCUAAAGUUGCCAUAAACGUACCAAUUUUCAAAGAUGUCAACACACCUUCACCAUUCAUUGAGAAAUUCCCGGAAGUCGAAGGUGAAGGAGGAAGAGCAGCCAAACCAGACCAUAUUUACUUAGAUGCAAUGGGUUUUGGUAUGGGAUGCUCCUGUCUACAGAUGACUUUCCAAGCAUGUAGUAUCGACGAAGGACGCCAUUUGUACGAUCAGUUAGCUGUUGUUACACCAAUUGUCAUGGCACUAUCAGCUGGUACUCCUAUCUUCCGUGGUUACCUUGGAGACGUUGACUGUAGAUGGAGUGUGAUCGCAGGCUCAGUUGACGAUCGCAAUCCAGAAGAAUAUGGACUUGAACCAUUGAAAGAAAAUAGGUUUGUAAUCCCCAAGUCUCGUUACGAUUCUAUCAGUUGUUACUUGUCGGCAAAAGGAAAGAAGUUCAACGACAUUGAUUURGUCCUUGAUCAAGAAAUCCAUAAAAAGCUUGUCGACAGCGGUAUCGAUGACAUCCUAGCCCGUCAUUAUGCGCAUCUGUUCAUCCGAGAUCCCCUAACACUGUUUGAAGAACACAUCCAUGAAGAUGAUACGCAAAAUUCCAACCAYUUUGAGAAUAUACAGUCAACUAAUUGGCAAACGAUGCGAUUCAAGCCACCCCCUCCAAACUCUUCCAUUGGAUGGAGAGUUGAGUUCAGACCAACUGAGGUCCAAUUGACAGACUUUGAGAACGCUGCGUUCGUCACUUUUGUUGUGUUGUUGUCGCGUGUAAUCCUGUCCUUUGACUUGAAUUUACUCAUCCCAUUAUCUAAGGUUGAUGCCAAUAUGCAAGCUGCACAAAAGCGAGAUGCYGCGCGAAAGGAUAAGUUCUACUUCAGGAAAACAUUGAAAAACUGUCAGCCCCAAUGCGCCCAUUCAGAGUGCUGUGAGUCUGAAAGUUCUUGUGAUGAAGUGGUUCUYAUGAGUAUUGAUACAAUCAUUAAUGGCAAGGAUGGUGAAUUCCCAGGUCUGAUUCCUUUGAUGAACAGCUAUCUCAGUAACGUUGAUGUCGACAUUGACACUCGUUGUACUAUCUCCCAAUAUCUUAAACUAAUCCAAAAGCGAGCCUCAGGUGAACUGAUGACUACAGCUCGUUGGAUGCGUGAAUUUGUCCACAAGCAUCCAGACUACAAGCAGGACUCGGUUGUCUCAGACCUGAUUUGCUAUGACCUAAUGAACACGUGUAACAAAAUAGCCAAUGGUGAGAUGGAGUGCCGCGAGCUUUUGGGCGAUUACAUAUCAAAAACUAACGACGUACUUGACAAGAAAUGCAUUAGAAUCCAGGAUGAAAUGGAAAAAAUGGAAGACGCCAAGAGGAAGGAGAUGGGAUUGUAAUUAUGACUGCCAGAGUUACUCGGAUUGAAUCUACUCGAAAUUGAAUAACUCGAAUAUGUGUACUCGAAUGGAUGUACUCGAUGAUGUCAAAGUAAUUCCAACUACAUGUAGUACCCACACAUGCGUAACAUUUUUUAAAAUUUGCCUAAUUUGUGAUAGUCCCAUAAAAAGAUUAUUUAUUGACUAAAGAAAGUUAUGCAUAGUUAUUUAAAACAAGAUAAAAAAACAACGUUUUUAUUGCUCAGUAUAAUCCAAACGAUCAUAUAUAGCCGGCAGGUCUGUGCCAAAAUCAAAAUUUUAUGUCAAAGGAAUAUAUCUAUUUUAUGKAAGGUAAYGGUCKUCAAAYAGUGGUGUAUUGAGUUGCAUGCAAAGAAUGCGUACUGUUAGUUUAUAAAAUCACAAACAUAUGCCUCUACAAUACGUGAAUCGAGAUGUUCUAACACAGUGUUAGUUAAACUUACAAUGACUUGCUAAAAGCUGUACAUCUUCAAGAAUGGUUGAGAACCUUCAUAGUUGUCAGUGCCCAAAAUAAAAAAAUAGCGAACUAAAAAUAUUCAAUUAUUUUUCUAAUACUAAACUUUUUUUAUGUAUGUUGUGUAAUUAUUGUGUUCUGUACUUCUGAUUGUUGGUAAUUUUUCUAUAGGCGACCGACUGCACGUAGUCUUAAUUGCAGUUAAUCAAAAUAUGUAAUUAAUUAAUUAUGUGAAAUUUAAUAAACUUUUUCUCUUUUG